AGCUGUUAGGGACAGGCUCACGGUGGGGAGGAGCAAAGAGAUGAGUAUAGCAGCCAAGUACCGCCAGGCAUCCCUGUAUGUGGGUGAUCUCAAUGCAGAUGUCACGGAAGACCUGCUGUUCAAAAAGUUCAGCACUGUGGGGCCUGUGCUGUCCAUCCGCAUCUGCAGGGACCUGGUCACCCGCCGCUCUCUGGGCUAUGCCUACGUGAACUUUCUGAAGCUGGCUGAUGCCCAGAAGGCCCUGGACACAAUGAACUUUGACAUGAUAAAAGGCAAACCCAUCCGUCUCAUGUGGUCUCAACGUGAUGCCUACUUAAGGAAAUCUGGCAUUGGCAACGUGUUCAUCAAGAAUCUGGACAAAUCUAUUGAUAACAAAACCCUUUAUGAACAUUUUUCAGCUUUUGGGAAGAUCCUAUCCUCCAAGGUGAUGAGUGAUGAUCAAGGCUCUAGGGGCUAUGCAUUUGUGCACUUCCAGAACCAGAUCGCCGCCGACAGGGCCAUCCAGGAGAUGAAUGGGGCCCUGCUUAAGGACUGCAGGCUGUUUGUUGGCAGAUUCAAGAACCGUAAAGAUCGGGAAGCCGAGCUCCAAAACAAGGUCAAUGAAUUCACCAAUGUUUACAUCAAAAACUUUGGAGAUGACAUGGAUGAUGAGAGACUGAAGGAAGCUUUUAGUAAAUAUGGCAAAACCCUGAGCGUUAAGGUGAUGACAGAUUCCAGUGGGAAAUCCAAAGGCUUUGGCUUUGUGAGUUUUGAUAGCCAUGAGGCUGCCAAAAAGGCUGUUGAAGAAAUGAAUGGAAAGGACAUAAACGGACAGCUGCUUUUUGUAGGCCGGGCGCAAAAGAAAUCAGAGCGGCAGGCGGAGUUAAAGCAAAUGUUUGAGCAGCUGAAACAGGAAAGAUUUCGGAGAUGCCAGGGCAUGAAGCUCUAUAUUAAGAACCUUGAUGAUACCAUUGAUGAUGAAAAACUGUGGAGGGAAUUUUCUUCGUUUGGGUCAAUUAGCAGAGUCAAGAUAAUGCGGGAAGAAGGGCGAAGCAAAGGGUUUGGCUUGAUCUGCUUCUCCUCUCCUGAGGAGGCCACUAAAGCAAUGGCUGAGAUGAAUGGCCGAAUCUUGGGCUCCAAGCCACUCUACGUUGCCCUGGCCCAGAGGCCCUAGGAGAGAAAAACUUACUGCACCAGCCAGUGUUUGCAGCAGGCGUGCGAAUGAUAGUGAUCUCUGCCUUUGAAUUAUCCUCAGAAAAUUUCAAA